AUGGAGGUUAUGGAAAGUAUACCGGUUGCUUUCAAAGAAAUUGCUCCAAAUCAUAAUUAUUCAGAUAAAUGGAAGGAAGUUGCAUUAAAUACAGGAGGUACCCACAGCACAUUACAAGAUAUUAAACUUCCACAAAAAGCUGGUGGUUAUUGGUAUAUGGAUUCAAAAAAAGCCAACACAAGGAACCGGUUUAUUUAUUGGCAAACAACUGCAGAUGCAAUAGAGUUAUCAGAAGCAUCUCUGGAUGUCAACUUGUCUGCUUCAAAUUUACGCUGUAAAGUAGCCCCUGGAACUCCACCAUUAAAUAACCUGACAUUUUAUGAAAGGUUGGCUUCUCAAGAGCUUAUUAUUUUGGCUGCUACAGUAUCAUCAGUGCACAGACUUGUUUUUCCACAUCCAGAAUCAUUGGAGAAAAAGUCAACAUUUGGAUCAAUAAAUAGCACUUCAACAUCCAUAUUUCAUGAUACAAGUGCUGUUAACAAUCCAAUUAACUACUAUAUUCUAAAUCAAUAUGCCAAUACGACAACAGGUGUGGCACACACUUGUUCAUCUAUGCUCCGAGACAGUGGUGAAGCCGUGUUUGCACUAGCAUUUGGUUAUGGGGGUGAAGGUGGCCUGUUGCUGGUUAAGUUACCUGUAACAGGAUCUGCUGUCACUACAGUUCUAAAACGGGAAUCAACUGUACCUAGAUUCUUGUCUGGAAUCACAGGAGCACUAAGAGGCAAAAGUAACAUGGAUGGUGUUGAAGCAUAUGGUGUGGUGCUUACAAAUGGUUUAGUGGUUGCAAUAUGUGGGGAUACUUGUCUUCGUGCUUGGACACUUGAUGAAGGUGGAGCUCCAACCGCAGUGUCAUCACCUCUCUCACAAGCUUUAGUGAGACCAAAGCCUCCACCUCAAGGGCAUAUGCUGCGGAGCACCCUAGGGACAGAUAGGGGCAUAAUACUUGUAGUGUACCUUUCAUUUCCGAAUGAUAGUGAAUUUGUGGUUGUAAAAAUGCACGACGGUGGUGGCGGCGCUGUUAAAUUCUCACAAAUGUGCCAAAUAUUUGGACCCCAGCUUGAUUUAAUAGACUACACUAUUGGCUAUGGGGAUGGCAACCACGUCAUAUGGGCUUUAUGGAAUCAGCCUGAUGGUGAUGCUGUUAUAACAAGUAGCAGUUUGGGCGCGGAGGUGUCAUGGCGAUGCGUAGCUGGCCGCGAACCUCCUCCUCCGUUGCCUAAUCUGUCUUCGCACCAGCAGUACCGUGACCGACUGCUAGCGCCCGGCCUGUUUCCGCCCGCUGUUAUCAAGAAAGCACUCGUGAUCUACCGGCGCACAUGGUGCGGCAACGAGGCUGGUGGGGGGCCGGCGGGCGGAGCGGGCGGCGAGGGUGAGGUGGGCGAAGCGGCCGUGGGCGCGGUGCAGGCGCGUCUGCGCACUCUCGCCGCGCGCACCGCCUCCCCGGACCACUCCCACCUCAUGCACAAGUGCUGGUCUGACUUGUACAGCUGGUGUUUGCAGUACAUGGAAAAUUUGCAAAAGCCGCUCGGACUGUUGGUCUCUACUCAUAAAAGCGAUACAGAAGGUGGAUGGUGGUGUGCAGUGGUACGCCGUGCUGGUAUAUCUCUUGUACGCGAAUUGGAACCGUUGGAAAGGAUGAUGCUAUCACCAGACGCCGCCUUGCCCGAAGCUGGCGAGGCGGGCGAGCUGUCGGCGGAGGCGGUGCGCGUGGUGGUGGCGGGCGCGCGCUGGGAGCGGGCGGCGACGGCGGGCGGCGCGCACGAGCUGGAGCGGCGGCUGUUCGCCUGCGCCGCGCCCCAGCACCGGCUGCUGCCGAGGCUGCUGCACCUGCUGCUCGCGCCGCUCUCGCAGCCGCACUCGCAGCCGCACCCCGUGCCGACAUUAACUCCGCAACAAAUUGAUGAGCUGACAUCUAUCUUGGAGCCAAUCAAAGAUCUACAGAACGCCGUUCUUGAACUUAAUGACGCUUUAAGAUUGGAUGUACCUGAGAUGGACACAACCAAAAGCGACGAUGAUGAUACCAGCGAGUACGACAAUCUUUUCGCUAGCGAAUUGGGGGUAGCUGUAGUUACAGAAGCAAUACGGCAAAUGGCAGAGAUGAGGGCGCGGGUGGUGCGCGGGGCGUUGGCGGCGCUGGGCGUGGCGCGGGGCGCGGGCGGCGUGCCGGGCGCCGGCCACUGCGCCGUGCACUGGCAGGCCUACCGCGCGCUGCUCUGGCUGCGCUCCGCCGCCCUCCAUACUCCGUGCGCGCGGUCGACGGAGGCAUUCCGGCUGAAGCUGAGCGCGCUGGGCGCGGGCGGGGAGGUGCGCGCGGCGGGAGGGGGAGGUGGAGGGGGCGCGGUGGCGGCGUACGCGGCCUCGGCGGGGGGGCGCCGCGCGCGGAUGCACCUCGCGGCCGCAAGGGCGCCCCCCCACGCGCACCACGCGCUGCCCCUCAUGGCCUACCACAUCGCGCACCAGCUAUGGGCGGUAAGCGGCGGUUUCGAUUUUGGUUGGUGGUUAGCUUCCAUAAAUCAGCCACGACUUGUGCAGAAUUACGUCGCAAUGCUCGAGCCAUGGUGCGAAUGGAACGCAUGUUCGCGUCAGUUUAUAUUGGGGCUAUCAUUGCUGGAUACUGAUGAAGCAGAGAGUGCUUACACCGCAUUCUGCAAGGCGGCCAAGGGAGUGAGCACGGAGCCAUUCCUGCGGCACCUGGUGGCAGCGGCCGACGCACAACUAACGCAGCAUCAAGCGCUUGUACUUUAUUAUAUGAAGGUGAUCAAAUUAUUCGAGAUUCACGACGCUGGCGCUUGUGUAGUACGGCUCGCUGAAACUGCGAUUAGUAUCGCCGAUAAGGACGAUCCAAAUUUGCCGAUGUUCCAGUGGGUGGUGUUCAAGUGGCACCUGGCGGGCGGGCGCGUGGAGCGGGCGCUGGGCGCGGCCGCCGCCAACCCGGCGCCCCACGCGCGCGCCGCCGCCGCCGCUCACCUCCUCACCACGCUGGCGGGCCGUAAGCAGCUGGGCGCGCUAGUGUCGUGCAGCGCUUUGGCGGCGGAGGCGGAACGGGCGGCCGCAGCGCGCGCCAAACUGCACGACGCGGCCGCGCACAACCCCUACUACGACUUCCUCUACGCGCUCCACGUCUCCAGGCACCACUACCGCAAAGCUGCCGCGGUGCUGUACGAGCGGGCGACGCGGUGCGCGGCGGAGCGGGGCGGGGCGGGUGCGCGGCGCAAGUGGCUGGCGGCGGCGCUCACGUGCCUGCGCCUCGCGCGCCCCGAGCACGCGUUCCUCGCGCGCCCCGCCGCCCCCCCGCCCUCCGCAGCCCCCGCCCCCGCCACCACCCCCGGCACCGCCCCCUCCGCCGACGACGCCCCCAGGCCCCUAGGCGCACUGGCCACAGCCGCCGCGCCUGCCGCCGCCCUGCAGGUGAUUGGCCCGGAAGAGUUGGCUGCCGAACUGCGUGCAGAAGACCCAGAAUCGCUGGAUCCAGUGCAACGGACUUUGCAACGUCACGAACCGAUUGAUUUCGACCAGCUGUUCCCUUAUUUGAAAGACGCAGAGGCCGAGACACUGCUUGCAAUCACCAAAAGGGCCAUCAGCCACGAGCAGUUUCUCCCGAGAUGGUUCCUUCUUAGAUUUAUGGAGGCGGACGGGGCGGCGUGCAUCCGAGCGCUGCUGGGCGGCGGGCGCGCCCUGGAGGCGGGCGAGGCGUGCUGCGGCGCGCUGCGCUCGGCGCUCUGCGGGCUCACGGCGUGCGCGGGCCGCGUGCCGCUCGCCGCGCCGCUCGCCCCAGCGGACCUGCUGCUCGCCGAGCUGCGCCACCACCUGCACCUGGACGAGUGUCGCCAGCUGUACGAUGAAUUAGCAACACUUGUGAAGGAAUAUACACAAGUUGUUAUCAGGACAUCUGAAGACAUGAAACUUUCGCUUCAGUAUGGCACUGUUAAA